AUGGGAGAAGCGAUUCUCAUGAAGAUCCUGGACAAGGAUUUGAACAAGGAGGAGUCCAUCGACUGGGUGCAUCAGUACCUGCGAGACAAAGCCAAGGAAAUGGAUGAUGGAAAGGUGCCCUUGGAGAAGUUUGUGAUCACAAAGGGCCUCACCAAGGAUCCCAAGGACUACCCGGACGCUAAGAAGCAGCCGCAUGUCCAGGUGGCGCUACGAUUGAUGUCACGGGGUAAGCCUGUUCGACCUGGGCAGGAGAUUGGCUAUGUCGUGUGCGCAGGAGGAGAAGGCGACGAGGGCAAACCGUCCUUGCUGGCGGAGCGCGCGCGAGACCCGCACGAGAUGGAGCUGGACCCGAACUUGAAGCUAGACAUGGCGUGGUACAAGAAGCAGCAGGUGCAUCCCAUCAUUGCCCGGAUACUUGCUGUCGUGGAGGGCACAAGCCCUGCCAAAAUCGCCGAGUACUUAG